UUCAUAAUGUAUCGUUGAGGUGUAUUCAAUUGCAAUAAAAAUGAUUAGUUUCUAAAUAGGAAUAAAAAUGAAAUCUGAAAACUUCCAAGCUCAUUUUCUCAGCUUGAUCAAAAUGUUACAUACGCCGAUUUGAAAAAGUUCCCGAGAUUUAAUUGAUCAACGGUAGCCUGCUAGUAACAAGUUAUUGUUAUUUCCAUUACUCAUAUAAUCGUUUUAUCAACAAUGGCACGCAACGCAGAAAAGGCUAUGACCACAUUGGCACGAUGGAGAGCUGCCAAGGAAGCUGAAACUGGUAAAAAUGAGCGACGUCCUUAUUUGGCCUCGGAGUGCAAGGAUUUGCCAAAGUGUGAGAAAUGGCGUUUGGAGAUCAUACGAGAGAUAUCCAAAAAGGUGGCUCAAAUUCAGAAUGCGGGUUUGGGUGAGUUCCGUAUUCGAGAUCUGAAUGAUGAAAUCAACAAGCUGCUGCGAGAGAAACGCCACUGGGAGAAUCAGAUCUCGGACCUGGGAGGACCACAUUACCGUCGGUAUGGGCCGAAGAUGUUCGACGCCGAGGGCAGAGAAGUGCCCGGUAACCGAGGAUAUAAGUACUUCGGAGCGGCAAAAGAUUUACCGGGGGUGCGUGAGUUGUUCGAGCAAGAACCUCCACCGCCACCGAAGAAGACCCGGGCCGAACUGAUGAAGGACAUCGAUGCGGACUACUACGGCUACCGGGAUGACGAUGAUGGGAUUUUGCUUCCGCUGGAGGAGAAAGCGGAAAAGGUCGCCAUCCAGAAAGCCGUAGAGGAAUGGAAACAGAAUCGAGCCACCGGGGAGUCCAAAGAGGUGGAACCGGAGGAGGACAUCUAUGGGUCGGAUGCGCGAAUUAGUGGGGACGCGGACGAGAAGCAGGCGCAUCAGCAGAAGGACGAUCCGAUGGGGCUGUUGGGGCCACGAUUUACGGCGCACGUUCCCGUGCCCAGUCAGAAGGAUAUUGAGGCGGCAUUGUUGAGGAAGCGAAAAUUGGAACUGAUGAAGAAGUACGGCAUAGAGGAUGAUGAGGAUAUGUGAGGGUAAGUUUAUUCUAGGUUUGUUUUAUAUUAAAAUUAUUAAGACAAAA